AUGCGUCUGCUGGCAGGGCAGGGCAGGGCGAGGCGAGACGGGGAUAAGUUUCUUAUCGAUCGCGAGGUUUCUCGAGUAAUUACGCGCCUCCUCGUUGAGUACGUCGAGGGAAAGGUGGCGGUGCAAAGUAAGAAGGCAGAUGAUUCGAGUCGAAUCGAACGUGGACGAAGAACGGCUUCGUUGUACGUCUGGUGUCUGGUUGCGGCCAUUAUGCAGCUAACGCGAGAAACGGUCGCUUUGCCGCUCUAA